UAGAAGUUGUUCAGUUGUGUCAGUAUUCUGUUUGAGGGAGAAGAGUCUUCAGAUUUUUAUAGUUUAAUAAUACUUAUUAUUUACCUUUGGCUAUAGAACAGAUCCAGAGUCUGAAGCAGAGAGAAAUUUUAUUCCAGAGUCCUGAUGUCUGAAUCUACCGGUUGGAUUGUGGCUGUUUUGUUCUGGAUAUUUACUGUGAGUCUGCAGACGCCAGUGUUUGUGGAGAGGAACGAUGCGGUGCAGAUUCUGAGAAAUCGGAGGGCUAAUUACUUCCUAGAGGAGAUGAAGCCUGGGAACCUGGAGCGGGAAUGCUACGAGGAGCUGUGCUCUCAGGAGGAGGCCGCAGAGAUCUUCCAGAGCAAAGAGAAAACGAUGGAGUUUUGGUACAUAUACCGAAGUUCCAAGAGGUGUCAGGAUAACCCGUGUGUAAACGGGGGAAUAUGCAGUUCUGACCAGAGAGGUUAUGUGUGUGUUUGCCCACCGCGAUUCAUUGGAUCACACUGUGAAACAGAGGUGUUUGACUGCCAGUACAAGAAUGGAGGUUGUUUACACUACUGCAGUAACUCCGCCCCCAGUGAAAAAAAAGUCACAUGUAGCUGUGCGGAGGGAUACGAACUGGAAGAUGACGGGAAGAGCUGCCGAGAGACAGCCCAGUUCCCCUGUGGAAAACAGUGGAGUCACGGCUCUCUACACCGCUCCCUACUGGACGAUUUAACCGACACAGACAGCCACACCUUUUCAAACCACACCCACCUCAUCUCAAACCACACCCACCUCCCCUCUAACCACACCCACCGGGAGAAUGCCUCUUACUCUGGAGAUGAUGGCUCGGAUGACUCCGGGAAGCGGAUUGUAGGAGGUCAGCUGCAGCGACAGGGCGGGAGUCCAUGGCAGGUUCUGCUGCGCAGGAAGGAUGAACACGGCUUCUGUGGAGGAACUCUGAUCAACCAGCGCUGGGUCAUCACGGCCGCUCACUGUCUGCAGGAGACGCCUGAUCACGUGACCAUCGGUGAUUAUGAUAAGCUGCGUCCGGAUGAAGGUGAGCUGAAGAUCAGUGUGCAGAUGGUUCUGAUCCACCCUCAUUUCCACGAGUACACGUUCGACAGCGACGUGGCGCUGCUGUAUCUCUCUCAGCCGGUGGAGUUCAGCAGCGUGGCGUCGCCCGCCUGCCUGCCCAACGCCGCCCUGGCGCAGGUGCUGAUGAUGAACGGGCAGCGCGGCCUGGUGACCGGCUGGGGCGCCACCAGCUUCAUGGGCCGCUCCUCGCGCUUCCUGAGGAAGGUGGUGCUGCCGGUGAUCGAUCAGCAGGAGUGCAUGCAGUCCACCGAGCAGGUCGUCACCGACAACAUGUUCUGCGCCGGGUUCCUGCAGGCCGAGAUGGACGCCUGCACCGGCGACAGCGGGGGGCCGUUCGUGGUGAACUACCGGGGCACCUGGUUUUUAACAGGGGUCGUCAGCUGGGGGGAGAAGUGCGCCGCCGAAGGCAAAUACGGGGUUUAUACACGACUCAGCAACUUCCUGCAGUGGAUAUAUGACGAGAUAAAGAAACAAGAGCAGAUGAUCAUCAAAAACACCACAGAUACCACCAGCAGCAGCAGCAACUGAUCAUCUCUAAUCACCUGCCCAACACCGCACCACUUAAUAAACCAUCACAUCGUCCUACUGAACAGAGGGUUCACAGUGCUGAGGAUACUUGAAGUAGCUUGCAAAAGUAUUUCUCCUUACACCAUCCAGUGGCUACAUAUUUUUAAAAGUGAAUCAUUUUUUUUUAAGUUUUUGAGUAAAGCUGGGUAAUGAAAACCAAAUGAAUGGUUUAAGUAGGCUUAGGCUUAAGUAAUCUUAUUUUACCCUGAAUUCUCACAGGACGUUUAAGUAGCAGCUCCCUUGUAAAAGAUAAUGAUAAAAAUAUAUAUAUUUAACAUAGAAAGGUGCAUAUUUUUAGCAUUAAAACUAAUAUGUACUUAAAUACAUACUAAAUGUUCUUUUUUGGAACAACUCAUAGCAACGUAAGUAUAUUUAAAUAUUAAGCUAUAUUUAAAUACAACAUAAAAGCAUUAGGUUGUGCUUUUGAGUGCUUUUUUCAUAUAUCUUCUCCGAACUUAGAUUUAAGUAUGUGUUUUUUAAACAUCAUUUUAAUACACUUAAAGUAUAUUAUAAAUGUACUACUUUGUAUUGAUGAACAUAUUGAGUACACUUUAAUGACACUGGGGAAAAAAAACUUCACUAAAGUGCACUGUAAGCAGUAUUUAAUUCCACUACUUAUACUUUCUAUUAACCCAACAUUAAAGUUGACAAAGUAUAUUUAAUGCAGUUUUAGUAUUCCUUAUCUAAUUGAACAUACAAGGGAACCACACCCCUUUUUUAGAUUUUAUGUGCUAGAUCAACAAAAAGUAGUAUCGACACAAAGUGGAACGAAAAUGAUUCAUGGUUUUCAAAAUUAUAUUCAAAUAAAAAUCUGAAAAGUGUGACGUAUUUAGCCCCCUUUACUCUGAAACCCCCCAAAUAAAAUCCAGUGCCUUUGGAAUUCUCUUAAUUAGUUAAUAAAAACUAAACUAAACAAAAUAAAAAAUUGAGAAAACUAAUUUACAUUGACCAAACCAAAGAAGACUGGCUGUGAAUUUGUAGGAAAAUUAGUUUUAACCAAUUAUCUGCUGUUUUUAUAUAUCACUUGUUAUCCCUUUAUAUAUAUUCAGCAUUUACCUGAUACACAAGAGCUCUUACAUUGACAUGCCAAAAGUAAUGCGAUCCGAUACUAUCAGAAGCGCAGGUUUCAGGGGCGAUGGUGUUGUUAUCCGCUACUCAACAGUGAUAGUCAAAUUUACCACCAAUGAAACGCUGUAUAUUUGAGUGUGUUAAAUAUAUUUUAUUGUAUUAAUAAUAAAACACAUUUUUAAACAACAGCUUUUUAAAACUUCACCACACAAAUUCAGUAAACGAUAUUCAAAACAGAAUUAUAGUGAGCGCUGGUCCGUAAGCUAAGCCUCUGGACCAACCAGUAGACCUUAAGUAUGAUAGCACAGGAGAGAGGAACUCAGUGCAGUUUAAUGUAACAUUGUUCAGGUCAUGUGAACAGAAGAACAGUCUGUGAUUGGUCAGGGACACUGGAGAUGAACCCUUAUCAGCAAUGAAAGCACAAUACAUUAAUAAAAUCAGCACACAAAACCAGAGGACGAGUCAGGUGAAAAAUCUAAGUAACAUGACUGAUAACUGACCCCAGAUACAAUUCUUCAGCGAGACCUGUUCACACAGUUUUAAGGCUAAUGCUGGACUUAAAUUGGCCCCAAUCCCAUCUUUUGUUCAGUAUAUAUAGACACAGCUGUCUAUAUAUUUACUUCUGAUUUGGGCCACUUCAACAUGGGGUAUUAAAUUCACGCGACUUUUAUGGCAAGAAAAAGAAAAAGUCUGUGAGGAGAAGGAAAAUGGUUUACAGCAGUGAGUGAGGGUUUCAGUGUUGGAAUAGUGAGAGAACAUAUCCAUAAAUAUUAGCAGUGAUGUCUUUGUUUUUGUGUUUCUAAUGAAAGGCCUGAGCAUUCACAGAACACAGCUGCAGCAUUAAAAGCAUAAAAAUGAAUUUGAAAUAUUGGACACAAGAUCACAGAAGAAGUGAGCAUGUCUGAAUAACGAACCCUUUUAACAGCAAGAUGGAGCCUAAAACUCUGGGUCUCUUUGGAUGAAACUGAAACUUUACGUGAAGCCCUGUCGUUUAGCACAUGAGCGCCAGUUACCCAAUGGAAGCGGAUCAGACAGAUCUCGGAUAUCAGUUACAUCAAAAAGAUAGUGUGAACUGCCUAAAAUAAAAUUUGAUAUGAUUUGGGCAACUUUUACCUGCUUUGUAAAUGUAGCUUUACAGUCACCAAUUUAAACAGUUUUGCAUCCUUUAGCCUCAGUUAUUUGACUUUAUAUUAUAUGCACUUAUAUAUUAACCCCCUCAAACUAGAGUAAAAAUCAAAACAAGCACCUGUAAUUUGAUAAAAGCACCUCCUAUGUUAAAGAUGCAUAAACCAACAAACUAAGUUGUUUUCCAUCUUUAAUCUGGAAAAAUAUGGUUAAAAGACACUUUAGCUGACAUAUGGCAUGUUUAACUCAGCUGUAGUCAUUGGUCCAUUAUGAAUUUUGAAUGGAGUCACCAUUUAUCCCUUUAACUUCUGUUUAACCGUUUAGUUUCAGUUUA